UGCCCCACCUCCGCCGCGUCCCCGCCGAUCGUUGUCUCUGUGAAAAAAGAAGAUGCCGAAGACGUACCGCUCCGGUGGUCCCAGCUUCAUCCUCAAAGCCCACCGGGCAGCGUCUCGGGACCACUGUCAGACGUCGACGAGACCGAAGAGCCUUUGGGGAGGGACGCAGACUGCGACGGCGGCGGCAAACAGUGGAAAGGCUCCGGAAAGGCGACGGCUCCCGGCGACAAGGAAACGUCACAGCCGUGUAAAAAACGUGUGACCUGCUCCCUUUGCAGUAAAAACUUUGCUACAAAACAAACUUUGAUCACACACAUGAGAACGCACACGGGAGAAAAGCCCUUCACUUGCUCGUUCUGCGGCAAGGACUUUUCUCAAAAAGGACCGAUGCUAAGACACUUGCGAGUACACACCGGAGAAAAACCCUUCAGCUGCUCGGUCUGCGGGAAGACGUUCUCGCAGAAGGGAAGCAUAGAAUUGCACAUGAGGACGCACACGGGAGAAAAACCCUUCCGGUGCUCAACUUGCGGCAAAACGUUCUCUCAGAAAGAAAAUAUGGCCACGCACAUGAGAAAGCACACCGGAGAAAAACCCUUCCGCUGCUCAGAUUGCGGCAAGGCCUUCUCCCGCAAGGAGCACGUGUUGACGCACAUGAGGACGCACGCCGGAGGAAUACCCUUCAGUUGCUCCGUGUGCGGAGAAAGUUACGGCCAUCGGGCCAGUUUGACUGAGCACAUGCGCAAACACAUCACGGAGAGCGAAUAAAUGUUUUCGGGGCCUCGACCGGUACGGACGAAGCGAGGAGGGGCUCGGCGUGCAUGUGAAUGUCAUCUGCGCCGAGAUCACCAAAACGUGGAUUGGCAAAAAUUCAUUCGGCGGGAGCGAAGAUGGAGACGCCCCCGCCGUCCCAGCAUCUGCUGGUGUGACGUCAGCGAUUGUCAAAAAAGUUCCAAAAUAGAUGCUGACCUUCUUCGACGGCAAUAUCAAUGCUAACCCUCCUCAUCGUUUGUUUUGCACUCGAAAAAAUGAGCAAAUGAAUAAAAGGACUGCUUACCUUC